CUACCAUAGAUCAACGUAUCUUGGAUAUCCUGUGAGCCAGAAAACCUAUAUAAGCCAACGAUAGACGAUUAAAUGCUACAUGUACAUUGUUUUUUGCAUCAUGAAGACUCUUAUUCAGUGUUUUGUGUUGAUAUUCUGCCUACAUUCUAUAGAAUGUGCGUUUACAUGCGACUACAAAUACAGUCUACUGACGAAAGGAUGGUUCAAACUAAACGUAGUACCUGAGACUUGGCAUGAUGCUCGACUUCGCUGCAGUCUUCAAGGUGCUGUGUUAGCUUCUCCAACUUCAUCAGCAAUGGCAACUGAAAUGAGACACACCAUGAAGAAUUUCUUCUUACAAGAUACCGAAAUCUUCACUGGAAUACAUGCUACCUUCUCGUCUGGGAGCUAUUAUACGGUUGAUGGUAUACCUCUCAGUAAGAUCCCUCUAGUUUGGGCCAACAACGAGCCAGAUAACUCUGGCAAUAAAGAGAGAUGAGAGACCUUUAACAGUAAUGGAUCUGCAGCUGACAGAAUGUGUGAGGAACCCAGACCUUACAUCUGCUUUCGCUCUGGAAAAAAGGAGGUGCUGACUAAUAAGUGUGGUACUCCUGAUGAUGGAUAUCACUACUACGAAAAGACCAAAAAAUGCUACAAGUUCCACAGAGCACCUGGAACAUUUGAUCAUGCUCACUUCGUUUGUUCGGCUGAAAACGGCCAUCUUGCCAUUAUAAAUAGUGAAGAUGAAGCGGAAGUUUUGAGAAAAGUCUUUGCUGAUAAUCCUGCUGGAUGGAUACCUGGAAACUUUUGGAAAGACAUAGCUUUCAUCGGUUUCCACGAUUGGAGCUCAUGGGGCGAUUGGAGGACAAUACAUGGAGAAACGCUAAAAGAGGCUGGUUACGAUAAAUUCUCUGGUGGUGAACCUAACAAUGCAACUACGGGUGAACACUGCGGGGCCAUCUAUCGUUCAGCGCUUCUGGAUGACCUCUGGUGCGAUAAACCAGUUCCAUUCAUUUGUGAGAAGGACCCAGCGUAUCCACCUAUCUGCCAGCCAACGGCUGAUGAAGAAGUAGAUAUUGAUGAGCGGUUUAAUAACAAAGUUGAAUUUGGUGGAAACACUCGAAAGAUGUUUAGACGAAAUGGGCAGAGCUUCUUAGCGAGGUUCCUAGCAUUACGCCACGGGCUCGAAAAUUACGCAACACCUAACAUUACCCAGUCAGAGUUGGGUAGACCUAGAUACAUAUCUUAUACUUUCAUCAUGAAGACUUUUAUUAAGAGUUUUGUGUUUCUAUUAUUUUUUGUAUAUACAGAAUGUGCGUUUACAUGCGACUACAAAUACAGUCUACUGACGAAAGGCUGGUUCAAACUAAACGUAGUACCUGAGACCUGGCAGGAUGCUCGACUUCGCUGCAGUCUUCAAGGUGCUGUGUUAGCUUCUCCAACUUCAUCAGCAAUGGCAGCUGAAAUGAGACACACCAUGAAGAAUUUCUUCAUCCAAGAUACUGAAAUCUUCACUGGAAUACAUGCUACCUUCUCGUCUCAGAGCUAUUAUACGGUUGAUGGUAUACCUCUCAGUAAGAUCCCUCUAGUUUGGGCCAAUAACGAGCCAGAUAACUUUGGAAAUAAAGAGAGAUGUAUAACCUUUAACAGUAAUGGAUCUGCAGCUGACAGAAUGUGUGAUCAACCCAGACCUUACAUCUGCUUUCGCUCUGGAGAAAAAGAGGUGCUGACCAAUAGAUGUGGCACUGUUGAUGAUGAAUACCAGUAUUACGCAAAGACCAAAAAAUGCUACAAGUUUCACAGAGUACCAGGAUCAUUUGAACGUGCUCACUUCGUUUGUUCAGCUGAAAACGGCCAUCUUGCCAUUGUAAAUAGUGAAGAUGAAGCGGAAGUUUUGAGAAAAGUCUUUGCUGAUAAUCCUGAUUCAUCGAUACCUGGAAGUUUUAGGAAAGAAGUAGCUUACAUCGGUUUCCACGAUUGGGGCUCAUGGGGCGAUUUUAGGACAGUGCACGGAGAAACGCUAAAAGAGGCUGGUUACGAUAAAUUCGUAAGUGGUGAACCUAACAAUUAUGAAAAAAUUGAACAUUGCGGGGCUAUCUACCGUUCAGCACUUCUGAAUGACCUCUAUUGCAGCGGUCCACUCCCAUUCAUUUGUGAGAAGGACCCAGCGUAUCCACCAGUCUGCCAGCCUACGACUGAUGAAGGAAUAGAGAUUGAUAAGCGGUUUAGGAACCAAGUUAAAUAAUAUCAGUACCCUGGGUAUUGUCCUCAUCAAACUUUUUGUCGUGACCAAUUCUACGUGGCAGGUGGCGGCAAUAUUCUGUUCUUAAGUCUUAAAAUAUCCAAUGUUUAGGUAAUUUAAAAGAUGUAUCGAUUAUAUGCUUAUGUAUUUAGAUUUGUUUUUUUUGUUCCUGUGUUCCUAAAACCUCCAAAUCUACUCUAUCGAUUUGAAAAUUCCUGCUUUUCAAUAGUUGAAAAGCUAGACCAUACUCGAGUAACAUAGGUUAUAUUUUACUCCCGGGAAAAUUUACAGCUAGUAUAAGAAGAAACAGCUAAUGUACUUGUUAUUAAUUUUAUAAAUAUUUAUGAAAUAAUGAUUAGGCCCAUAGCACACGGCGUUUUUUAAACGCGCUGACGACGCGCAGAGAACGCGCGUAUACACGAUUCAAACGAGAUUGGAUCGCAACCUUGUAACUUAAGCACACGGGGCGAUUAUAAAACCUGCCUCUUCUGCGCGUAUACGCGCAGGUACAGCGGUAAGACGCGCUGUAGUCGCUCGUACCUUUUGCGUUUUGAUCAGAGACUCCUCUUCUUCAGUUGUACAAUGGCGUCGGUUGAGACAACACUGCUUACUUUGGCUUUAGUACUUCUUUUAAAAAGUAAAAAACGUAAAAAAAAGCGAAUUUAUUGGAUAGAUCCAUUUACGAGUGAAAAAAGAUUGAGUGGUCAUUAUCAUACAACUUUUAAAAAAUUGGUAAUACAUAGAAGAUGGAAGAAAUUUUAUAAUUGUUAUCGAAUGUCAUAUUCGUCAUUCCAAGAACUUCUUUUGAUUCUAAAACCUGAGUUAACUCGUCAAAAUACAGCAAUGAGAUCAUGUAUAUCGGCAGAAGAACGUUUGCUCAUCACAUUGAGGUAUUUAGCUACGGGUUGCUAUUUCUCAGAUAUUCACUAUGACUUUAAGUGUGGACAAACGACGGCAGGCAUCAUAGUCCGUGAAACAGUGAAAAUAAUAUGGGAUAAAUUAAAAAACAUCUGUAUGCCAGAACCAACCGAGGAAUCACAUCUAAAAACUGCUGAAGGAUUUAUGAAAUACGCAAAUUUUCCCAAUCUACUUGGGGCUAUCGAUGGGAAACAUAUCAGAGUUAUAAAACCUCAACAUAGUGGAUCAGAGUAUUUUAAUUAUAAAAAAUAUUUUUCCAUCGUAUUGCUUGCAAUAUGUGACGCAAAUUACAGAUUUAUCGAUAUAGAUGUCGGAUGCUAUGGAAAGGCUGCAGACUCAACAAUAAAUGAAUGUAGUGAAUGGACCAAAAAGAUAAGGCAAGGAAAUUAUAAUAUACCAAAUGCGAGACCAAUAUCUAAUAAUGGAGUGCCAAUACCAUUUACGUUUGUUGGAGAUGAAGGCUUUGCAUUAUCUCAACAUUUACAGAGACCUUACGCUGGAAAAAUCUUGCCACGAGAGAAAAGAAUAUAUAAUUACCGCUUGACACGUGCCAGACGAUACAUUGAAUGUACAUUUGGUAUAUUAAGUAUAUUAUUAAUAAUAAUAUAUAUUAUUAAAUUAAUAAUAUAUAUUUGGUAUAUUAAGUAUAUUUGGUAUAUUAACUCAUAUUAUCGACAGUGUUUGCAUGUGGUAGUAAUGUGUAUGUAUGCGUGAAUCGCAUACAUUUCAAACAUUUGAAUUCCCAUAAAUAUGAGCGAGUAAAAUCGGCACGCGUAAAAUAAUAUACGUGUGCGUUUGCGCGAUUCAAAUACAUUGCGUAUUUUGUAUUCAGCUUAUUGAAGAAUAUUUUGUGAAAGCGUGUAAUGCAAGGUGACCGUUUGUGGCAGGUUCCUGCCAUUUUGACAGAUUAAUUAAGGACAAAAAAAGCCUGGCAUAGAUUAAUAAUUUAUAUAAUUAAUUUACUGAGACUCUCAGUAAAUUAAUUAAAUAAAUUCUGCCAACUGCCAGGGUUUUUUUGUCCUUAAUUAAUCUGUACAAAAUGGCAGGAACCUGCCACAAAUGGUCACCCUGGUGUAAUGUAAUUAUAUUGUUUGCGAUAAUUACGUAGAUUAGUCGAAUAGAUUUUUGUAAGACUAGGGCUCAGUGAAGCUAUUGUUGUAAAUAUAAAAAAAAUACAUAUACCUAUUAGAAUCUGCCAAGGGAAGCCGAUGGGAAUCGUGUUGUAUGGAGGCUACGCCACUGGUACCUACCUAAUUACAUGUUCUACUGUUUUACUGUUCUAUGUACCGUCGCACUAUAAACUAUAAUAAAUUAUUUUUAAAUAAAUAUAAGAAAUCUUACCUGC